AUGGAUGCCGCAUCUGAGUCUCAGCCUGUGCAAAGAGAGCCCGAAUAUGGGCUCUUACCGGAGGGCAACGCAGAGGGUAUCUAUAAAGCCGACGUCAUUACCGUCCACGGUAUUUGUUAUACCUCCUGGACGACUGACUUGAAGAGCGGCAACUGGAGUCCUUUGGACGGCACAAAAAGCAGCGCUUCUUGGGUAUCGGAUCUCAUAAAUCCCAGCCGCGUAAUGCAUUAUCACUACGAUAUUGAUCACUAUAAUGAGACUGUCCCCGACGUGCUCCGCCGUGGUGGGAUCGAACGCGAGGCACAAAAGCUUCUCGACGCAGUUUUGGAGAAACGGGAAGAUACCCCCCCGAAUGAAAACCCACGGCCGAUUGUGUUCGUCUCCCACGAUGUCGGUGGAAUCAUCGUUAAAAAGCGUAUCAAUGCCGAGUUCCUCGACACGAAGGCCUUUCUCCGUGCCACAUUGAUCAACAUUUACACCUUCACGGUUAAACCCCCACACCCCCACACCGGCCGUGGUCUGCCUACUCCGUUCUGGCCGUCCUCUUGUGGUGCUGAUGUUCCCUUUGAGCUUUGCCUCGGAUGGUCAACUCCGCAUCUCAGAUUGGUCCUUGGAGAGGAUGAUGGGCUUCCACAUGGUGAAGAGCAAUUGGCUGCGACCUUGGGUCCUCAAAUCGGCGAAUACCCGUACACUCUUGAACCCAACGCCCCCGAUACGCCCCUACAUAAGAUCCUUCUUUCCCAAGCAUCCCCGCUGGUUCCCUGGGACUUCGAGGACUUCACCUGGGAGCCGGACGACACGGAUGCAUGCGAGUGGAUCACGGAUCAUGGCGAGUACAAGAAAUGGCAGGAUCUUCCCGGUCUCGGGAUACUGCAUAUUCGCUGUCCUGACCGUUAUGCGAAGGUGCUGUCGCCCCAAUUCUUUGACGACAUGAAGGGUACGGACAACAAACAGAGCCUCUUUUACCACAGCUUCUCACGCCGAGACGCCAGAUUCAACACACUUCAGGGCCUUUUCGCAUCUCUGAACUCCCAGAUAGUAGGGCGGUAUAUUGAGGGUUUCAGAUAUUCAUUUUGCUGGGCUUUGUUGGCGUCACAGAACGCUUGCACAACUCAAGACCUUUUUCAGCUCUUUUGGUCUUACCACCGCGCGGUACACCUCAACAAAGCCGUCUUCUUCAUUUGCUGUCUCGACGAAUGCGACGAGACACGGUAUAAGUUGCUUGAAUACCUCAAUGCAACGGCCGGACUCUCCGAGCGGCGGGUUAGGUUCGUGGUGACCACCUCAAAAGGGCGUGAUGAGCGCCUCGAAUCGCAACUUGCUUCUUGGCCCACCAUUGAUAUGGACGAUCUAGUGAAGAGCCCCAAAGAAGAAGCCGCAGCCACGAAAGCAGCCGAGAAGGUUCUCAACGAAGUGACCCAGCGGCUUAUGGCCGUCAAGCCCGUGUUCGUGAAUUUCAAAGACCGCAUCCAGGAGUUGGUCAGCGGAACUAGUAGCCAGGAACGUCGGUUGGCCUGCUUUUUUAUCCGGUGGCUCGCGGACAGCACUCUGACCAACAACACCCGUACUUCUAUCCGCAAGACUUUAGACAGGUUGACGCCUUUGACGACAGGGGCUCUCAUGGCUGCUACCUUGGAUUCUUUUGGCACCCGAGCCGCGAAAGCUCACAAAUUACUUUUCUGGGUCAAGUUUGCCUUUGAAAAGCCGACCCUGUGGGAGGUUGGAGAAGCCCUACACAUUGCUGCCAAUGAACCAGAAACCGACGACCUUGACGACAUCGACUACGAUAAGCUCCACAAUGAUUUACGGGAGUUUGCGGGGCUUCUCUGCUAUGAAGGGUACGAAAUUGAUCUAGAUCAUGGAUUCGCCGAGGCGGCUUUUGUACAUGACGACGCUGCGACUGCUCAUGCAGAAAUGGCCUCGAUAUGUCUAAAGUAUCUUGUUCUCCCAGAGGUCCGGAGCAAGCUGGAAGACCUGAUCGAGAAGAACGCGUUCCUUGACGAGGCCCCAGUAUCGCGACCACGCUACAAUCUGGUUUCCUACGCUGCCAAAUACUGGACUAAGCACUACGAACUGGCUGCAUCCCAUCGCCCCAAAGCACAAGCUCUCAAACUCUUUGAGGACUCCAAAGCCCGAAACUUGUGGCAGCAGGCCGUCUAUGUCUUAUCCAACCCCAUGACGCGGAUACACAGGGGCUACAUCUCAGCCCUACCCAUCAUCUGCAUGACGGGGCUGAAAGACCUCGUUGCUCAUCAGGUCGAAGCCGAACGGCCCUCCUCACCCACCAGCGUCGACCUCUUUUUGGCCGAUGCGGGUCUGGCCCUCGUAGAGGCAGCUCACGGCGCCCACAACCAUGUCGUUCAACUGUUGCUGGAAGCGAUCACUCCAACUCACGGCGUCCUGAGCGAGGCUCUCCUAGCGGCUGCCGCUACUGGUGACGAGGCUAUUCUUAAUCGUUUAAUUGGCGUGGCGGCCAAGGCAAAAGAUUUCGACUGGCCGCCAGGUUUGUUUCGACGGGUUGCAUGGCUGGGCCUCACGAAAACCGCGAAGCUACUGCUUUCCUCAAACGUCCCCAUGCCCCCAUUCGAAGAUAGCUUCGAGACGGCAUUAGUGCACAUGGCGAUUGAGGGAUGCCAUUCGGAAAUGGCCAGGCUGCUGAUUGAGGCCAAGUGCGACCUCAAUGCAACUGUGAACAAUGGCAAGACGGCUCUUCACCUGGCAGCUUACUAUGGAAGAGUAGAUGUCAUACAGUCACUGCUCGCCACUGGUGCUGAUAUAAAUGCCAGAGACAGUAUGGGAACCACGCCUCUACAGAUGGCGCUGUUCGGCGGAAAUCCGCAGGCAGCCAAGGCUCUACUUGAAGCCGGCGCCGAUGCCAGUCUCGGCGAUCCCGAAUCUUGGGAUAUAAUAGAAGAGACAUGGACCGCCAGACCUCUGAUAUAUGCUGUCUUGAACGAGUACGACGAGUGCCUAAAAGUUCUGCUGAACCACAACGUUGAUGUUAGCGUCAAGCUUGAAGGGAAAACGGCUUUAUGGUAUGCCGCCUCAAGAGGGCAGAUCGAGACGUGUCGACUACUCCUGAAACACGGAGCCGACCCCAACGAGACUCCCGAAGACUCCGAACCUUUAUUGAUCUCCGUGAUCUCGUACCCUAUGCCGACGAACAAGAUUAUAGAGAUACUGAAGCUACUUAUCGAGCACAAAGCUCGCCUCGAUGUUCUGGAUACAACGCAGUCAUGGCGCAACAACGUGAUGUCAAGGGCCGUAGGCACGGGAAACAAAGAGUUGGUCGAGUUCUUGCUCGAACACGAUGUUCCGACGGGCCUGGGCCAAAAGAUUUCGCAGACGCCUCUCUACGUCGCGGCGUACGAAGGCUUGACAGAAAUUGUAGAGCUACUGCUUGAACACGGCGCCGACGUCAAUCUGAAAAGCGAAUGGGGCUGGACGCCGCUGCACGCUGGUUACGACAGCGCCCGCAUAACAGAACUCCUCUUGAACGCCGGUGCCGAUGUCGAUGCGUUGUGCGACUCGGGCACAGCAACGUAUCUUGCUGCCAAACACGGAAUGACAGAGGUGAUCACUUUGUUAUUGGGACACGAUCCGAAGCCGGACCUCGAGAUCGAGACGGUUGCCAGGUUGGAUGGCGAGCGCCUGGACGCCUACGAAGACGGUAUGACGGCACUCUGCAUUGCGUGCCAGAGGGGCAACCUCCACACCGUAGAGCUGCUUCUCAACGCCGGGGCAGAUGUGAAUCACCAGACCAAAGAUGGAAGCUUCCCGCUGAAGUUUAGCCUCCAUAGCACCGAAAUGAUGGAGAUGCUGCUCAAACUCCGCCCAACAAGUAUGGACUUGAAACUCGCGGACGCGGCAGGCAGUACGGUUUUGCAUAACAUCGAGCACUACACACCCGAAAGCAACAUAGAGAAGCUCUGCAGUGCAGGUGCCGAUGUCAAUGCAAUAAACCUGGACGGAGUGAACCCGUUGAUGAGAUGCGUGUUCGCCCUUAACAUAGACGCGUUCAAGCUCCUGGUGGCGAAUGGCGCAAAAGUUAACGAGCACACUCCCACCAAGGGGUCCCUACUCCACGUGGCCGCUUUCUCAGGUCGAUGGGACAUUUUCAAAGCGGUCAUCGACGCGGGCUGCGAUGUGGAUGCGGCUCGCUCUGCCGACUACGGGAUAACACCAUUGUACAAGGUCGCGACUGGCAACUCGCAGGGGGAACAUCUGAAGAUUGCCAAAUAUCUCGUCGAGGAGGCAAAAGAAGAUCCCAAUAAAUACUCCCCCGACAGCGUCUUCGGAUAUCCUAUACUCGCAGCUGUGUUCUCUUCGCAUGGACAGGAGGUAAUGGAAUAUCUCAUCGAUGUCGGGGCCAAUCUCGAUGUGGCCGAUCGUAUGGGCCGGACCGCCCUGCAUGUUGUAGCAAUGAAGUUCCCCGACGCCGACAUCAUGGACUUACUGCUCAAGAAAGGAGCCAAUAUCAUGGCACGUACAAAUGUUGGAGCCUUGCCGGUGCACUUCGCGGCGGCAUAUCCCUGGUCAUCCGCGCCAUUGAUGCGGCUGCUACGACACGUCGAGGGUCCAGGGGACGACCUGGACAAUCUGAAGUCGGAUGAAGAUCAAGACGACAUAGAGGCGGAGUCAGCAGGGGGUAGAAGUGACGACAGCAUUGACGUGAAUGUAAGGAUUGAAUCGCCGGCUCAAGCUGAGGAGGAGGAGGACGGCACCGACAAAAAGUCAACCCGCAGAGAACUUCCGUUUGAUAUCAACGACAAGGACAACGACGGUUGGACACCUCUUAUGUGGGCCGCCAAGGGCAACUACAAUAACCAUGCCGGCUUGAAGGCCCUCCUGGACCGGGGAGCCAACCUGUGGGACGUGGGCGAGGGCGCCGACCGACAAUGGACGCCUCUGAAGAUAGCGCGGUACUAUGGGUCGACAGAUGAAGUGUUCGACCUGCUGACUCCCAAGGAGAAGUCGCGGACACGCACCGACGGCACGACGGAGGAUUGGAACGACAAAGACCACCAAGUGAGGAUGGGCGACUGGAAGGGCAAUGUCACCUGCGACCACUGUCUACUGGUGAGUAUACACAUGCACGUAGCCCCAUCGUGUGGAGGAGUACUAACGCUUGUUGUCAAGGGAAUUCUCGGCAAAAGGUGGAAGUGCCUUGAUUGCGAGUCGCGUAGCUUCGAUUUGUGCUACAAAUGCAUUCGAAGCAAAGACAUAUUGCAUCCGGGCCACAGGUUUGAGGAGCUAGGCCCCGAAUACGAGGACGAUGUAGAAGAGGAGCAGGGGAAGCCCGACGACGAAGAAAAAAAGUCACAAACGGCGGACGAAGCUGGCCAAGAUGACGACGAAAUAGAUUCAGGUGAUGAGCUUGGUGUCUUUGAUGAUGAUGAUGACGAUGACGAGAUCAACGCCGACAGUGAUGACAAUUGA